AUGAGCAAUCCCAUAGAGAACAUGCUCCAGACGGGGUACUUCACCACGUCAAGAGCCAAGCAAGGGUAUUCAGCGUCUGUCGAUUCCCCGCCGCGUCCUGUGCGCUUAUCCACGCCACCAGAGCCGCCUGUAUCUCGCCUCGCGCCGCGAUAUUACGACGACGUUCCAUAUUACCGCAGCUCAAAACCACCUCCACCCACCGUCGAAGAUGAGGUUGAUUCCCUUGCAAAGGAAUUUGGCAGCUGCCUCAAGCUUGUUGUCGAGGAAGAGCCGCAGGCGAGAGGGGAAGUUGACCAAAUGCCAGUCCUAGAAGAAGUUUUUGAAUACAAUCCAGAGCGUCGCUUUGUUAUAGUGCCAGGCGCGACUCCGUCAAGCGCACCCGAAAGCGAGACUGAGCAUAAAGAUAAAUUUCGUCAAAAGAAGAAGGCGCCGGUAUCUUCGUCUUCUUCACCAGAGACACAAAAUAGGAGAAAGAUUAGCGAAGCCGAGAAUGUGAAAUCCGAUCGUCUCAGCGCCUCUAUUCCUCAGCUAGAGAGGCGGGGAAGCAGACAAGACCUGCCUCGGCUGGAGACAGACGUGGACGAGAACCGGACACCAACCCAUCAUCGAAGCAAAUCUGCCGUCAAUGCCCCCCGCCCGGAGUUCUCGCAGAACAAUCGCAAGUAUGGGGAGGAAUAUCUUUCGCCGCAAGUGACAAAACAUGGAUCGAGUGGCCGGGACAAGACCUACAAUGGAUAUGGCAAACCGCCUACCCAUAGUAGCGCUAGCCUGGGCGAACCAAGCGAGAGCAGAAGAGACGAAGACAGGUAUCAUAGACGAAGCGCAACAGCGACGAUGGAGGGGCGACCGAACUCAAGUUUUGAGCCCUUGUCAAGGCCUAUGUCGCACGAUCGCGUCAACGGGUCUCGUCCUCCAGACAGCAAUCGACCCCUUCGCGAUGAACUCCUGAGAGAUAGUUAUGCUUCACAGAAGCCACCCGUAACCGAAACCUUGAGAGCCCCAUCGCCAUCCAGUGGCCGAAAUUCUCGCUCUCCUUCUAGAGUUCCAACGAUGCCAAUUUCGUCGGUGAAUUCAUUAGGGCUGCCGGAGGAUUGGGUGCCUAAUCGCCGCAUGUCAACUACUUUCCCGCUCAAUCAAGAGAAGAAGCUCCAAGGGGAUCGAACGCCCCCAGUAAUUCACCUUCCCUAUCCAGACGAUGACGAUGCGAUUGUUGCUUGGCCAGAGGAGUCAGCAGGAAUCGAAGUUGCGCGGCAAUCACGGGCGGAUACUGCAUCGCCUGUUCUAAUGCCACCAAUUCCUCGGAUUGACGAUGACCACGUGGCACCGGACGAGAAAAUUAUCAAGUCUCCAACACAUAAAGAGCCAUCCGUGACAACGAAAGCGUGGCAGCCACCUCCAUUUGAUCCAAACAAAUCCGGAGUGCGUCCUGACCAAACGGUUGGAUUUUACCGGCGCUACUCUGAGACCAGAGGUCAUGAUGAGCAGUCAGAUUUUCCAAACAUGCCAGACUGCAAGCGCAAAGAACCAGUAGCCGGGAAGAUGGAUUGGCUUACACUCCCCAGGACAGAGUUCAAUAUCUGUCCUGACUGUUAUGGCCAUGUGUUUGCAGACACCCAGUACCGGACUCACUUCCAUCCAGUACUACGACCAACAGGCAACGCAAUUGCGUGCGACUUUGGUUCAUCGCCUUGGUAUCAGAUAGCUUGGCUGCUAACACUGAAACAUAAGGUGCCCGACUUGCAGCUAUUUCAUCAUCUUGCAAAGAUCAUGUUCGAUUCUCGCGACUAUCCUUGCCCCGUCGAACGCAAAGUAACACGGGUUUGGUUCACCGUAAAGGACCCAUAUACAAGGCGGCCGGUGCCCGAAUUUGCAGUAUGCUAUCAAUGUGCGAAGACGGUAGAGACCCUAUUCCCGAAUCUCACAGGAGUUUUCAUUCCACUUGAUCCCAGGAAUGAGCCAUCGAGAAACUGUUGCUCUCUACAUUAUACGCCUCAGCGGAAACAGUUCGUGCUGUUCUUCGAUGCUUUUGAGACCACAUCGGACAAGAGCUAUGUGACCAACCGAAAGGUAGACGUCGGUGACCUUUCUAUGAUGCUUACGCGAUUGAGCACUAUGGAUGAGUGUCGCGAGGACCGCCGCGUGAGCGACGGCUACUGGUACGUGAUGGAGUAUCUACCGGAUUUUACGGUCUGCGGGGAAUGCUACGAGGCCGUGGUCCGGCCUCAGCGCGCAGAAGACAAUGUGAUUGCUCAGAAUUUCUAUUUGAAGCCGACCAAGCUGCCCAUUGCAACGUGCCAGCUCUAUUCUGCCAGGAUGAGAGACGUUUUCAAGAGAGCUUGUAGGAACAAUGAUCCGCAGUAUCUGGAGGGAAAGGCUCGAGAGAGGUUGAAGAUUGAGAAGGACGUACACAGCAAGUUUCUCAGUCUUGUAAGAGAUGGACGCAAUAGCGCAUGGACAGACGAACAGAUUGAUAAACUCAGCAGAGAGUGGAAGAGAUGGGAAUAA